AUAUUUUAGAUCUUCCACCAUUCAACAUUUAUAUUUCUUGCUAACGGGUAUGAUAGCCGCUCAUUGGGUUAUAGGAAAUGAACUUGUUCACAGUCUCUACGCAAUAGUUGGAACAUAUUUGAUAAUAAAAUUAGCAGGUGGAAGUUUUGGCUCUGUUGUCGCUUCCUUUCUCUUUAACUUUGGAUAUUUGAUGGUUGGAUAUUAUUACACGGCAUCAGAUGGAUAUGAUAUUUGCUGGACUAUGCCACACUGUAUCCUCUGUCUCAGAUUGAUAGGGUUAACGUUUGAUUUAUACGAUGGUAAACGUGGAGAACUUGAAGGAGAAUCAGUUCUCUCCAAAGACCAGCUGAAAGCUGCACUGGUGGAACCUCCUAGUUUGCUGGAGAUGUUAUCUCACAGCUUCUUUAUCGGAGGAUACUUUGUUGGUCCUCAGUUCAACUUCAGGAAGUUUAAACAGUUCGCUAGUCCAGGGUUCAUUUCGCAACUUCCUGGGUCCCCGAUCUCCUACGGGUUCCGUAGAUUUGGGAUGAGUAUUUUCUAUAUGUUGAUCCAUAUUAUCGGAUCUAUGUACGUCCCCGCUAUGUGGCCCUCCUCCCCCGAGUGGUCGAACACGUCCUUUAUCAAGAAGAUGUUGAUCAUGCCGUUUUGGUGCAAGUUUAUCCUUUACAAGUAUCUCUCGGCUUGGCUACUAGCUGAGGGAGUUUGUAUUAUCUCCGGUCUGAGUUAUAAUGGUUUGAAGGAGGAUGGAAGUGUGAAUUGGAAAGGUUGUGCUAAUGUAAAACUGAGAAGGUUUGAAACCGCGUCUAGGUUCGGACAUCUCAUCGAAUCCUUCAAUAUUAACACCAACGACUGGGCCGCAGCAUACGUUUACAAGAGGUUGAAGUUUAUGAACAACAGGAUUAUCAGCCAGGUGUCAACCCUGUUCUUUCUCGCACUCUGGCACGGGUUCCACACCGGAUACUUCUUCACCUUCAUGAACGAGUUCAUCACGAUGAACUUCGAGAAGGAGCUGAUGGUUCUGCUGGAGAGAAGUGAGAGAAUCGAGAAGUUGAACCAAAACCCUGUCGCCAGGAUAGUCAUGAAAGCGAUCGGUUGGGUCUGGGUCUUUUUCUUCAUGUCUCAGUGCUUCAUUGGGUUCUCUCUCCUUACCUGGGAUAGGUACUGGCCGGCGUAUAAGGAUACAUAUUUUAUUCUCCAUCUCGUUUAUCUAUCCUGGCCUCUCUGGAGACCCCCUUUUAAAUCCUUCCUCAAACUGAAACCUAAACCCGAGAAAAUGGAAUAAUCGGCUUUACAGUGUACUUUGGGUCCGUACAUCUUCUGUACGGAACCUUCUUGCUGCACAGUGCACUCUGAAAGUAUAACACACUGCAUGUAUGAUUGUAUACUGUUCAGUUAACAGUGUACAGGCGUACAAUUUUCAGGUUACGUGCUCAUGAACUCGUUUUAAAGUAGUCAAUUAUUAGAUUUAUGUAUUCACACCUUGUUAUACUUACACUUUAUCAUCAUCAUUACGGAUGGAAUUAAUUGUUGAUACUUAUUAUUGUUUUGUUUUUUUAUUUUACAUAUUGAUCGAUUUGAGAAAAUCUGCAAAUAUUUGUUGGAUUCACUUCACACUUACAAUAGGAAAAUUCUGUAACAAUUAUGUUUCAAAAAGCAAUGUAUUUGUUUCCUAAAAAAUAUUUAUAUUGAUUUUAAUAUGAAAUGAGGGAAAAGUGUAAAAUAUAGUUAUUCAUUCUGUUUAUAAUUCGAAUGUAAAGAAAGCUCCUAAAUGUAAUCUGGCUCUAGUUAACGAUGUGUUUUUUUUUUCAAUUUGUUUGUUGUAGUUUAUUUUUAUAAUGUUUAAGAUUGCUCAUCAUCAAUUAAAGUUGUAGUUCAUCAUAAUUUAGUUUCAACCCGGUAUCAUUAUUAUUAAUGUGAUUAUAGCCCCACCCAGAGUAACGAAAACGCACAAGAACCUUUAAAUCAAAAGGGGUUUACAGUACACUAUACAAUAUAUACAUGAUUUAUCGACUGAUUUUGAUCAAGCAGAGCUUUAUUUUGUACACUUGUCUUUUCUUAUUGAUUCAGUUUCGUUCUGCCAUUUAUAUUUUACAUUAUACAUUAUACACAUAGUUUAUUUUAAUGUAAUUACUUUAGUUUUCAUCACAAGGUUAUAUUUUCAGAA